GAGGCCUUGGGGUCACUCUAUGGGGCAGGGGAGGCUCUGGGAUGCCAUAGUUCCCUGCUAUGGGGUGGAGCAACCCGUGGGACCUCGCUAUGGGGCGGGGAGCCCCCAGGGCCCCCCACCCCGUCCCCACCCUGGUCCCACCCUGUCCCGGCUCCCAUAAAUGGGGCGGUUCUGCCCCACGGCCCCGGGGCCGGGCCGAGAUGUGGGGCCGGGCCAUGGGGGGGGCCCGGCUGCUGCCGCUGCUGCUGCUGCUGCUCCUGCCAGGAUCUCUGGGGCUGCAGUGCCUGAGCUGUGGGGCGGACGACGACGGAAUCUGUGGGGACGUCACCAACGUCACCUGCCCCGCGGAGAGCGACGUCUGCAGCGAGGCGCUGGUGGCCGUCACCUGGAGUCACGGCCGCUUCGCCCUGGGUGGCCGCGGCUGCGGCCGGGGUCAGCCGGGGUCGCUGGCCCGGGCCCUGCAGCUCUGGGGCCUCGUGGCCUUCGAGCGGCGCCGCAACUGCGAGGGGGGGUCCUGCAACGGAGCCCUGCCCCUGGGGGGGCGCGGGGCGCUGCCUGAACCCGCCCCCAACGCCAGCGCCCGGACGCCCAACGGGAUUCGCUGUUACGGCUGCCCCGAGGCCGGGCCCUGCCCCCCCUCCGCCAUCGUCCGUUGCUACGACGACCAGCGCGCCUGUUUCCACGGCAACGUCACUUUGCGCAUGGGUAACCUCACCUUUUGGCGGGAAAUCCGCGGCUGCGUCGCCGACGGCGCCUGCGGGCGGGAGCGGCGCGGGGACGACGCGGCGUCGCUGGGCGGCUCCUGUUGCCGUGGAGACCUCUGCAAUCAACACCCGGCCAACCAAACCUUCUUCGAGCCCGACCUGCCCCGCCUCGAGCUGCUCCCGCACGGCCACGCCCCCACGGCCACGCCCGGGAAUGCUACGGAGGGUGGGGGGGACAAGAUGGCUGACGGUGGUGGGGGUGGUUCCAAAAUGGCGGGGGCUGAGAGUGAAGGGGUCAGCGGGAAUAGGAGGGCUGGUGGUGGCAAGAUGGCUGCCGGGGGCAAGAUGGCUGCCGGGGAUAAAAUGGAUGCUGGGGACAAAAUGGCUGAUGGUGGCAAGAUGGCUGCCGGGGAGAAAAUGGCUGAUGGUGACAAGAUGGCUGCCGGGGAGAAAAUGGCUGAAGGGGACAAGAUGGUUUCCGGUGACAAGAUGGCUUCCGGGAAGAAGAUGGCUGCUGGAGACAAAAUGGCUUCCGAUGGCCGCUGA